GUUAAAUCCGAUGCAUCGAACCUUGACGAAAAGAACCGAAAAUGAUACGAUCUACGGAUUCAUAAAAGAAGAGACCGAGACAACGAUGCGCGUGCGCUCAGUCCGCCAUUUUCCUCGCACUCAAUGGGACAUGCAGUGAUCGUCCGCUUCACGCGUAAGCCCGUCUUUCGGGCGAGAAUGCUCGUUCUCGUUACGCCACGGUCGUCGAUGCGACGCAUGAGUGAUCACCGACGUGCGAGCCCGUCGUGAUCCUGCAACUCGCAGAUCGUGUCACACACCGGAAGACGUACGUAACGAUCUCGUCGUCGCGCGUGUGCGCGACGUCAGGCCUAUCAUAUCGUCGCUGUUUCGCGUUUCUUCGUUUCUCGUUUUUUGUCGCGUUCGUCAGCUGCGACUGGUCGCUCGAUAGUGUCAAUCGCGCUUCGCCGGCCCUCGAACGUACGGAGGAUCGCUUCGCUAUUUACGAGAACUGGUCUUGCCAGAUGGCGAUAUUUCUCACGACGUCGAGCGCAAGGCCGCACCGAAGGGAGGGACAGAAGGGCUGAGACUACAUCCCUGGCGCGCUGCGUCGGCCAGGUGCAGCUCGAACGUUUGUCGGUACCCCGAGUCGUGAUUAUUUAACCAGAGAGCCGGUCUGCUUUAGUAGCAUCUCGUCCCGAGGCGCAGGGGGGUGCUCGCUUUUUUUUCGAUUAACUAAUUCUUUAACAAUACGCCCUGUAUGCAAAGGAAGAGGAAUGAAUAGCAUGCCUGCAGCAUAUGCGUUAGCGCGAAACAAAAUCGGGUUUCCGACGCCGAAUGAUCCAGUAUAUCGCCGAGGCGGUCCGCUUUCUCUCGCGACUAUCGCGUUCUAUCGCGCGCCGGUGUUCCGUGAGUUCGGUCCAGCGGAGCGCAUCCGUCGUGACUCGCGCGUUGCGCAAAUAUAUAUAUACGUGUACAGCGCAGGAUAGAGGCCCGCUGCGUUCGCUCGUCUCGUCGUACCGCGAUCUUACGCGAUCGAUCCGAAUCCGGCGGUGACGGCGGCAGCUCGCGGGUGGCGUCUCGCAACAUCAGCCGACGCCGACGACGCUCGAUAAAUUCGCGCUCGCGGCGAAAAGCGUCGCCCUGCGCGAGCCAGCGUCCGCGCCCUCGACGAGAGUCGGCCCUGAUCGGCCGAGCCGAGAGGUCGCGCGCGACCUAGCGCGAACCAAGGCUAGGGAACCUAGCGCAAUCUCGCCGCUCGGAGUAAGGUUCGGGCAGCGGAGAGAGAGAAGACGGAGGGAGAAAGGGCGCGACGGCUCGCACACGCGUGAAAAGGAGAAAGAGAGAGACCGAACGGCGACGUGUGAGAGUGUGCUGUUACCUCGCAAACACCGCGCUAUGUGACGAAUAUCACGGGGCACCGCAGUGUGUACCCCGCUUUUUGUACGCUCGUCCCAUUGCCGACACCAUCCCGUCGGCGUACUCCGAUUCCUCGCCCUUUAUCGCGAGUACCUACCCCACCUCUCCCCUCUAUUCUCCUCUCCCCUUUACCCCCCCCCUGUCGUCCCUGCCGUUGUUCCCCCGUGGUUGGAUCCUCGUUCACCGUCCCGUGGAAAAAGAGAAAGAGGAAUUGCCUCGUGAACGUUCGUGCUCGACAACGGCGACGAGGCGGCCACGAGGGGCCUGUGGAAAAGCGUGGCUGGCGAAACCAUGGAGUGCCCGCACCUUGCUCAAAGUGUGCGGCUCGGCGAUGACGACGUAGAAGGAACGGGCUGUGCCGCGAAGGACUUGCCGUUCGUCUGCGCAGUGUGCGGCACCGAGAAGAGUCCCUGGCUCUGCCUGCACUGCGGGGCCGUGCACUGCGGACGAUACGUGGCGGGACACGCGUUGCAGCACUACGAGACUAAUACUCAGCACUGCGUGUGCAUAGACUGUGAGAGCCUGGCAGUAUUCUGUUACACCUGCGACGAGUACGUGGUGAACGACACCACGAGUGGGCAGAUCGAGAAGAUACGCCGCGUCACGUUCCGCAAAGAUGAGCACAAGGAGAACGACGAGAGCUGGAGCACGUCGCCAUCCACGACGCCGUCGUCGAGGACGCACGACAGCGGCGGCCACGACAACGACGACCCCGACGCGUUAUGGAAGGCAGAGGUAGUCGUGAGGAACCUACGGCCAAGAACGGCGCGCAAGAGGCUACACUCGCUGGACGCCAGCAGCGCGGACAAUCGGCCGACGGCCAAGCGCCGCAGCUCCAAGAGUACCAAAGAGAAGAAGGUCGUCGGCCUGAGGAACCUCGGUAACACCUGCUUCAUGAACGUGGUGCUGCAGUCGUUCAACAACAUCAGCCACUUUUGCGAGUACCUCACGCAGAUGCCGUGCCUCGAGGGCAUUGCGUUCGACGAGUCGACGGGGCCGCCGACACACCGCGGCCGCAUCGUCACUCCAGGUCGCGCCAAGGAGAUGUCCAUGAGCGACGCUUUACUCGCCGAGGAACUCCGGAAGGUGCUGCUCGGUCUGAGUCUCGGCGGCUCCAACGGCCAAGCCAUAUCGCCCGAGUGCCUGUUCCUGGCUAUCUGGAAGGUCGUGCCGAGAUUUCGGGGCUACCAGCAGCAGGACGCCCACGAGUUUCUCACCUACAUGCUCGACCGGCUGCAUACCGAACUGUUGCAGCUGUUACCCAGGUUGGGACACGAGCCGCUAGGACUGCGCGGCAAACAGAGCAUCGUCACUGCCGUAUUUGGGGGCACUCUACUUAGCGUGGUCCACUGCAUGAACUGUCGUACGGACUCGAAGACGCACGAGCCUUUCCAGGAUCUCUCGCUCGACAUACCGGACAGACUCCAGAGGAGCAGAACGAAAGAGCAGGAGGAGGUGUGUAGUCUGACUUACAGUCUGACGAGAUUCUUCAAGGUCGAGGAGCUGGCUGACAGCGAGCUCUACUUUUGCGACAACUGCAUGGGCAAGCAGAGGUCCACUAAGAGGUUCUGGAUACACAGGCUGCCUAACGUGUUGUGCCUUCACAUUAAAAGAUUUAGGUGGUGCAAUUCCUAUCGCUCGAAGGUGGACACGCAGGUGGAUUUUCCAAUGGAAUCUCUCGACAUGUCCGCGUUCACGGUGCGCGGCGUGACCGGGACGAGAUUGGGCGCUCAGAAUAGUCAUCUUUAUGACUUGGCUGCUGUAAUCGUGCACCAUGGUUCCGGCGCUGGUACUGGACAUUACACUGCCUUCGCUGUACAUGACGGUCAGUGGUUCCAUUUUAACGAUAGCUCCGUACGACCGGCGACCGCCGACGCAGUUGCUAAAUGUAAGCCUUACAUUUUGUUCUACGUGCGGAGGGAAUUUUCCAUUCCACCCCCCUUGUGACGCCGUAUCCCCGACAAGAAGCCCCGUCCCGGCGGUGCGAGCCUUGACGACGGCGACGACGAUGAAGAGGACGACGACGAUGUGGAGCGAACGAAAGAGAACUGAACGGACGUCCCUCGCUGAGGAACCCAAAGCGAGCGGACCAGCGGAAGAAUAGAGGCGGAAGGAGCAAGAGAUCGCCGGAUCGUGCACCUCGAGCGCCUCGAAGAUCGGAAGAUGAAAAUUCGUCCGCUUAUCGCAUAUAUUUAUGAUUGCUCAUUGUUGCCAAAUCGUACAAUCUCGUUGGAAGCGUAAUUCGUGUACGCUAUCUCACUCUUCGACGAGUUCUCGCGCCAACGACCUUUGAGACGAGCGAUUAGGAUAACCACGGCCACGGCAGAUAUAAUUGCGUCGUACGUAUAACUGCUCGAACGCGUUUCUCCUCGUGCUUCAGUAAGUAAUUCAACUCGCGCGGCUCUCUGGAAUUACCUUGGAAUUGCGUUUGCAAAACCAGAUUGACUAGCACGCCCUGUGAGCGCGCGCGCGUGUGUGUGUGUGUAUGUAUGUAUGUAUGUAUGUAUGUAUGUAUGUAUGUAUGCCGUCGCAGAUUAUUUUCACAAUCUUCUUUUUUUACAUUAUACAUCGAAGAUGCAGUCUCCGUUCUGCUGCUGCUCGAAGACGGUCUCAAUUUUCUUUCGUUUAAACCGUAUCUUUCGUCAAAGGGACGAUUGUCACGUCAGCGUAUUUUUUUUGUUCAAUUUUCCAAUUGGAAUCAUCAAUCUCGAUGGAGAAUGCGUUCUCGUUAUUUUUUUUUUUGGUUCUCAAGUUUCACGUGCUCGAGCCCCGCGUCACGCCCGAUAAGUCGCUUGCUCGAAGGUAGGCGAUGCGGACGGGUAGGCGACGGAACGUCGCGGUGUCUGAUUGACGUCGAGCACGCAUGCGUAUCGUGUCAAUGUACGUAGCACGUAUGCGGUCGCACGAGUACGUGGAGGCGCGCGAUUGUAUGCGAAACGUGUGCCGGCGGGCGAAGCUUCCCUUCCAUUCUUGGUAACGGUGAAAAGAAGUAGGGAGAGGAAGGAAGGUAGAUAGACAGGAGAAUAGAAAGAGAGAGAGAGAGAGAGAGAGAGGAAGAGAGAUGAGAGCGCUCGAGGUGGAUCGCGGAAACGCGUUGCCUUUAGCGUCGAUUUUCUUACUUUACGCUCUUACUCGGCGGCCGUCGACCGCCCUGCACUCCCCCAUUACCCGCCCCCCCAUUCCUCCCUCCCUCCCUCCCCCUCUCCCCCUGAUCGGAUCGAUUAUAGCCCUCCCCGAUAAUGGAAUAACGUGUAAUCGCGUUCCUCGUGUGUAGUCCGAAAACGCGAAAACGACUGGUCUUCUCGGUAGAUAGAUCUUUUUCUAGACUUAGCGUGCGCGCCCGCGUGCAUUGUUGUUUCGAGGGAGCUGGGAGAAAGCAAGUACCGUUUAAGGGCCAAACAACGUUACUUCUCGAACCACACAGCCACCCCAUUGUCCCCUCCGCCCUCCGCCCGAUCUGUAUCUUAUCCGGCCAACCCCUCUGUCCCUUCGUCGUAUGUACCAUUUAUACCUCACGCACGCGCACACGCAUGCACGCGCGCACACACACACAUACACGUACACACACGUAUGCAUUCAUAUUACACUUAACGUACGCGUUUAUACACGUGCGCGUUUAUACAUACGCGGUAUGCAUGAGUGUACACACCACACACGUGCUCUGAUCCUACUCCCUCCCCCUCCUCCCCCUUUUUCCCCCCGCCCAUAUUCUCUCCUCCACGAAAGGCUCUCGACGACUCUUAUGUGAUUAUUUAAAGACUUAUUUUUUCUAUAACGAUAACGAUAAUAAUGAUAAUAAGUUAAUGCGUAGCGAAGAAACGUUUUAUUAUAAGGCGAUAAUUGCGCAUCUUCGGCAAAGACUCGUACUCAAGUAUGAACACGACGGUACGGAAGUAACUGCGUGCUGCAACAAUUAUUAUUGAGAAACAAGUGAAAUAUGUACGAACGGCGAAUAAAUAAAAGAGGAACAUGUGAAUCGAC